AUGCCUGCUCCAUCGUGGGAGAGGAAGGACAUUGAUCCGCCGGAUCAGGUCACUUCCGAAGCCGUGACGGGGUUCCUGGCAGGCGCCUUCCGGUUCGGCUCUGUCUCCAUCCUCGCACACAUGAUCAUGAUCCUCCCCCAUCCGUUUCGCUUUUCUCCCCCCGCAUCACCUCCGACCCCAUCCGACCCGUCGCAUAAGGCCCACGCGCGCCCUCGAGUGUCACCUUUCUCGAAAGAGCGCUUGAGAUCAAAGUUCUUCUACCAGCCGCUGGAAGGCUUCUCCGAGUGGCUCUCUCCGGCAUCCCGCGUCUACCGGGGCCUUACCCCGCAGUUCAAAGUGUUCCUCCAGAUCGCUGUCAUGACGCUGGGCGGAUGUGUCUAUGCGGAGAGGAGGGUCGAUCAGUACAUCAAGCUCGUGAGGAAGGUUAAGCGGGCGGAGCGGAGGGAGGCCGAAGCGGCGGCUCGCUAUGUGGAGUAG